AUGGAACUGUUUGGGGUGACUUAUCUCCAAAGGCACCUGGCGAAUAGACUGAUUGGUGGCCCAGUCACUAAGCCACGAUCAGAUCGCCUGCCACGAUAUGAAUCGCAACUGAGUCGACAGACUGUGUGUGGUGGGCUUGCCGAUAUCGAUGUCGUCACGCAUUUCGGUCAAUCGCUUCGCAAUAAACGGCGACAUGGUGCAUACGAGUAUGAAUACGGAGUAUUCCGGCUCUCUCGCCGUUUCAAAACUACCGAGCAGAAGGUAUACAUGGAGAAAAGUUCAGGGGUGAAAGAUCAUUCAUCAAUGUCAAAAAUAAAAGCGAUGCAGCAAGGGGCAGGCUCCCAUGCCCAAAGCCUCCGUUCCCCAUCAUCAACGCCGUAUCGAAGUGAUAGUGCGUCUUCGGGGGAUGCAUCCGGGUGGCAAACGCUCAAAGACGGAGGUGUAUGA